AUGGACACGAUGGUGCGCAAGCUCGAGUGCUACGCCAACAACCUCGAGGAAAUCGUCGCCGAGCGAACGCAGCUGCUCGAGGAGGAGAAACGCCGCACGGACACGCUGCUCUGCCGCAUGCUGCCGCGCAGCGUCGCCGAGAAACUGAAGAGCGGCGACAUCGUCGCUCCGGAGUCGUUCGACAGCGUGACGAUCUUCUUUUCGGACGUUGUUGGCUUCACGUCCAUCUGUUCGCGCAGCUCGCCGCUGCAGGUCGUCGAGAUGCUCAACACCCUCUACACGCUUUUCGAUGACGUCAUCGGCAAGUUCGAUGUCUACAAGGGCAAAGGACAUUGUAUGACUUACUGGCUGACCGGAUUCUCCUACAAGCUUCAACCAAUCACCGUCACGAAAUGA